AAAGCAGGCACAUCCGAAACCAAUCGCAUCAUUCAACCGUCCGCUUUCCAUUUUCCCUUGAUUUGCUUUGGGGCGAAGCGACUGCAGCGUCCAUGUCCUUCUUCUUCAAGUCGUCGCCGCGGCCCAAGUGGUCGCCGGCGGAGCUCGCCAGGGUCACCAAGGAGAGCUUCCUCGCCCUCGAUACUUCCACCUCCGCCAAGGCUCAUGAAGAAGUUGAAAAGAAUAUCCAAUCAAUAAGGCAAAUGCUUUCAGGGGAUGGAGAACUUGAGCCAAAUGAGGAUCAUGUUUCACAGUUGACACUUGAAAUAUGCAAAGAAGAUGUUAUUGCUUUAUUCAUUCAUAAGUUGCCAACGCUAGUGUGGGAUGCUAGAAAAGAUUUGGUGUAUUGUUGGUCCAUUUUGUUGAGGCAGAAUAUUGAUUCUCACUACUGCUGUGUAGAAUAUCUUGAGAGUCAUUUGGAACUUUUGGAUUUCCUCGUUGUCUGUUACAACAACAAAGAAAUUGCACUGAAUUGUGGUAGCAUGCUGAGGGAGUGCAUCAAAUACCCAACUCUUGCCAAAUGCAUUCUGGAAUCAAAUAGCUUUGAGUUAUUUUUCAAAUAUGUGGAACUGCCUACCUUUGACAUUGCUUCUGAUGCUCUUGCUACUUUCAAGGACUUGCUUACCAAAAACGAAACAACAGUCUCUCAGUUUCUUAUUUCCCAUUAUGAUCAGUUCUUUGAGCUUUAUGAGAAGCUAUUGACAUCCCCCAACUAUGUUACCAGAAGGCAAUCCUUGAAGAUUCUCUCGGAUUUCCUUUUGGAAGUCCAAAAUUCACAAACAAUGAAGCGCUAUAUUCAAGAAGUACGAUACUUGAAGAUCAUGAUGGCACUGUUGAAGGACUCAAGCAAAAAUAUCCAGAUAUCUGCCUUUCACAUAUUCAAGGUAUUCGUUGCUAAUCCUAAUAAGCCACGACCGAUUAUUGAUUUCUUGGUAGAAAAUCGUGAAGAGCUGUUGAUUGCACUGCAAAAACUUCCUGCGAGCAAAGGUGAAGAGGAUGAUCAAGUUGAAGAGGAGAAAGGUUUAAUCAUCGAGGAAAUUGAGACAAUCUCAUCCUUGUCAAAGGCCAAUAAAUAGGUCUGGCGCCCGUCUUAGCAAUACAACCCAUCCCGUUGCAUUUCUUUUUAGUUUGUCAAGUUCGGUUGAUAUGUCUCGUGUCCAUAAAGGUAUUCAUGUUUCACAAAACCUGGUUUGCGAUCAUCAUCCAUGGAAAUGUUGUAUUGUGGGCGAUCAGUAUAGCUCGGUAUGAUAUUUUUUGGGGGAUGUUCAUGUUUAGUUUUUGUUGUUAGCAAAUAUCAUAAUCCUAAAACCUACAAUAGACAUAAAUGUGUUGUGCUUUGGUAACGCAGACGAUACUUCUUGUUUGAGGGUGCCAACUAGUUUCGUUGGCAAGUGUUAAUAAAAAUUGUUGCCAAAAUCAUGGACUUAGAAUC